AUGCGUCGUGCUCUUCUACUAACUGCUGCUAUUUUCAUCGGAUUUUCGACAUGUUCUGUGUUGCGUCAGGAGAAGAAGCAGAAUGAAAGCGAAAUUUUGGAUAGAGAAUUGCAGGAGGCGAUGAAGUCGAUUCAGGAGACUAAAGAUAUCAUCAAGUGAGUGGUUUUCAGUGGAAAAUUUCAAAAUUUGAAAAAAAACUUUCCAGGGGCUCGUCGAAACCUUCGGAUGAUGCAAUUCCAUUCUUCAAUUCGCUCCUCGAACACAUUCCAUUUUUGGGUCAACAAAAGAAAUCAACAUCAACUCCAGUUCCACAGAAAAACGAUACAACAUCAACAAUUCUGCAAAAAACGCGCGAAGAAAUGCGUCGUGACGUGGAACUUCUCCGCGAGUACUACACAGAUAUUCGAAUGGAAUUCGAUGAUUGGCUGAUCUCCAACAAACAUCAACAAUUCAAAUCAAUGUUGAUUGGAGCGUCUUCAGCGAUUGCGGUGCUUUUUGUUUAUUGGAUUCUUGUCAAGUGUUGUUUGAGAAGAACUCGCGGACAUUUGGCGGGUUUCGCCAAUCAACAAGCUUCGGAUAAUCAAUGGCUUCUUGGAGACGAGGAAAAGUAA